AUGCCUGCACCACACCAGCGGUUUUUCACUCUGAGAAAUCCCUUCUCCAGAUGUGUUCUCCUCGCUGUCGCUUUGAUUGUCUUUCUUGGAUUGACCUUCAGGUCUGACCGCCUCGACGAUGUUACGACACAAAUAAUCAAGGCCGCGACGCCCAAGACAAAGGGCUCCACUUACCAACAACCCAUCGGCGGCGAUACUCCCGUCGCCAGCGAGGCUGACGUUGUUCCCGUCUCUGACCACGUCAUGGACUGCGGCGUCAACCCUGACUACAUGAACGAGCUCAAACAGACCUACGAUCUGCAAGACGGUUUCGAGUACCUCAAGCGCUACGUCAAGAUCAACCGUGAGCCGAUUGCCCGCAAGUCCAUCACAAAGCUCAGCCAAGAGUUUCUGCCUCAGGGCGUCAAGCCCAUCAACACCAACUACGCUAGCAGCUACGGCCAGGAGACUUGUCUGGAGCCCCUUCAGGUUCCUGUCUCGCAGUCCCCCUUCCCCGCUACUGGCAACCUGUCCGACUUCAUGUUUGGUGUUUCCACUACUUUCAAGAGAUUCAACUCUAGCAAGACGAGCCCAGUCGACGAAUGGACCUACUGGUUGACCGACGGCAAGGGUAACUCGAACGGUGGUAAGCUGGUUCUCCUCCUGCUAGAUGCCGAGGAGGAGCAGAUCAUGGCAGCCAAGAACGUCCUCGAUGAGCGCGGAAUCGAUGUCGAUGUCUAUCACUCCGAUUCGCGCAUGGAGAUGGCUGUUCGCUACCUGACCCUGGUGCCAACACUAUACAACCACCCCGAGCGCCCCUACAAGAAGUGGCUCGUGACUUGCGAUGAUGACACAUUCUUCCCCAGCGUACACGCCUUGACCAAGAAGUUUGAGCAGUACGAUCCUUCUGAGAUGCUCUACAUUGGCACUCUUUCAGAGGAUGUUAACAAUGUGGACCGACACGGCUCGCAGGCUUUUGGCGGUGCUGGUGUCUUCUUGUCAGUGCCGCUAGCUGCACAGAUCACAAACGACUACGAUACUUGCAAGACUGACGAGAAGAUCCGCGAGGCCAACUCUGGCUGGGGUCCUCAGGGUGAUAUCCUCCUGAGAAAGUGCAUCUACGAGAACACGGACGUGCGCCUGUCAGUCAUGAGGGGUCUCUACCAGCUUGAUCUCUACGGCGACCCGUCUGGCUUUUACGAGUCCGGCAUUAAGCCCAUCUCUCUGCACCACUUCAAGGGCGGCGGCUGGCACUCCGCCCUGCCUUGGCAAUAUACCAAGAUUGCCCACAUCUGUGGAGAGGACUGCACGCUUCAACGCUUCCAGACUGCCGACAACUUCAUCAUCUCGACCAGCUUCAGCGUCGUUCAGUACCCCGAGGGUAUCAACUUCAAUCUGGCACAGAUGGAACGCACAUUUGCUGCUGCUCCCCAGGACAAGGGCUGGAACCUCGACUACGUCUUCGACCCGCAGCGACCUUCCCUGCUCAAGACUGGCCGCAAGAUUAGCUGGGAUCUGCAAGAGGCUCGCAACAACGCCGACAACACUGUCAGCCAGAUCUAUGUCCGCAAGGGCGAUGACUGGAGAUGGGUUGACCGCAACGAGCAGCCCAUGAACAAGAAGGACGGCAUCAUCGAGCUCGUCUGGCUGCCCUAA